AUGGAUGUAAGACGACGAGAAGAAGGCGAAACGCCUGAAGACGGAGAUGAAAUUAUGCAAACUGAAAACGGGCUCAAUGAGAACCGUAUUCAGUCGUCACAUGGCAGCGAACGGCUGAGGAUUGAACAUGGCGACGACAGGCACCUCCCGAGGACAUCGAGCUCUCGUGAGGAGGCCCCGGCGACAGUCGGAGACGGAGAGGAACUGGAAGCUUUGCGAGAUAGGUCGCUGAGGAUAGAGACUGUGCGGGGUGACCGUGAACUUGAAUUAAUGGUCAAGGUCACCUCAGGAGCGGAUUUGGUUUUCGAGCUGAAUCUCAACUUUUCUUUCGUCUUGGACGCUGAGGGGUUGAGCAAAGGCGUAAUUGUGCCUGAUUCGGGAACUACAGCGUCGCCUCCGCGGUCUGCCCUGGUCACCGACCAACCAUCCAAGAAUGCGGCUGUUGAUGACAGCAUGCCAAAACCGAUCCCAAUACCAAAGCAGGGCACAGACCACAAACACUCCGACCUUCCUGCACAAACUGACAUUGGGCAUAUGAAACUGCGAAUAAUAGGCCCAAACCUGGCGAACACCAUCGGGACCAGCGAUGUCACAGCAUCCUUAGAUCAGAGGUCCCGUCCACUGAUGGCAAAAGAAAACCCAACUGUGCCUACUCUAAUAGAGGACGGUAAAGCAGUAGAAAAGGAGCAAAGGGGACAGGAGACCAUAAAAGAAACUAAUAUGAAAUUAAAGGGGAGUGCUGGAUAUGCGCGAGGGGACGGAGACUACUUACAACACACUCGGUUGAAGGAAUUUGGUGAAAGGGUCAAACUUAUGAAGGACCCUGGAGAAGAGAGUGCAAAGGAAAAGGGCAACGAAAUACCUCUCAGCGUGAAUGUUGCUGCAUUAGACACGAUGGUUAAACCCCACGUGUAUAUUCCUCUUUUAAAUAUUCCUCCAGAGCUGGCGGAGGAGGAAUCAGAACUUGAGGAGAAAAUAUGUGUGCAAGAGGAGAAGGAGGUGAAAGGGAGACCAAUUGUAAAUGGAUUUGAAAUGGACAAAGAUGGAGCAAUGUCUGUGCUUAUGGAAGCUCUAGAAUUGGUUCCCGUCGAUGCGUUAUUACAGGAAGUUGAUGAAAACGAGCAACGUUUGAAGGAGUCUGGAGCAGAAGUCGGGGAGACAACGAACAGCGAUAAACAUCUCGACGUGAAUACUGCCGCAUUAUACGCAGGCAUUAAACUCUGCGUGUUUAUUCCCCUCUCAGGUCGUUCUCCAGAGCUGGUGGAGGUGGAAUCAGAACUGGUGGGGAAUACGGAAAUGCAAAGGGAAGGAACUCAACAGGAUGAACCUAAACAGACAAACGAAUUUGAGAAGUGCUCAAUGGGGGACACCAAAUUACCCGAAAAGGAGCACAGUCAACGGAGGGAACAUAUAAACGGACACAUAAAGGAAACUGAUAUGAAAGUAAGAGAAGGUUUGAAGACUGAGGGAGGCGUCGGAGACUACUCAUCGCAAUUUCGGUCGAAGAAAGGCGCGUCAGAGGAGGGGAAGCAGGAGGAUGUGAGUAAACCUUCCGUCGAGUUGAAACCGCUGAUUACUCUUCAUGACACAUUGGGACAUAGGAACUUGGGGGAAAAACUCAUCAGAAAGUCAAUGAAGGAGUGUGAGAAGGCGGACUUGAACAAGAAGAAGGCCAAGUUCGUGUCUGAUGCGUCGGAGAGGAAGAGCCCUGGCAUCCAGAAGGAUGAACAUGAUCAGCAGGACGAGACUAAACAAAUCAACGAACUUGAGGGGAUGGCAAUGGAAAACAAUUUGCCUGAUGGUAGUAAUGAAAUAGACGAAGACGAGGUUGAAGGAGAUGUGAAGAUG